AUGGUCCUCAACGUACUUCUCGUUGUUUUCGCCGCUUUUCUCUUCCAUCAACUGGUUUGGAAACGACGAAGUUUGCCGCCGGGUAAGAAGUCGAAUUGGGCCGUCUUAUGACGAAACGGUUUUAUCUAUGAGCGAUUAUUUAUUGCAAACUGGUCUUUUGAUAUUUUGUGUUCAUCGAAAUGAACAAUACCGUCUAUUCAAAACGAUUUAUCUCAGCUGUUCGUAGCGAUUUCAAAAAAGUUGUCAGCUGGUAAGAUGGACAAAAUUUCUCGAUGAACAUUGUAUCUGUUGAACACUUUUUGGUAUCCCUACAGACAGGAGUGUUUACUACAGCCCAACUUCCAGGUCCGACACCACUUCCACUCAUCGGAAACCUCCUCUCCCUCCGAAAUCCGUCGCCCGGAUACCAAGCGUUCGCGCGUUGGCAAAAGGAAUACGGCGACAUUUACACGUUCUGGGUGGGCACUCGACCGUACCUCCUGGUCUCCAGUUACGAGGCCCUCAAGGCCACUUUCAUCCGAGACGGAGAGACUUAUGCGGACAAGACACCGAUGGCAUUUCAAGAGGCAUUUCGCGGCGGAAGUUAUGGAGUCGUCGAGACGAACGGACCGUUUUGGAGGGAGCAUCGACGGUUCGCACUGCAUCAAUUCCGCGAUUUCGGGUUGGGAAAGGAGCGGAUGGAGCAUCGGAUCAUGUUGGAAGUGGACGAUAUCUGUGCGAAUUGUGAUAGAACCCAUGGGCAGGCAGUCAAUUUGACCGAUAUUUUCGACAGAGCCAUCGGAAAUGUGAUCAAUCAAAUGCUCUUUGGAUGCAGGUUCGAUGAGGUAUUCAGAUUUUCUUCACUGACAUAAUAUCCACCUAAAUCGAUGUUGUGCAGUAGACUUCGGUAUGAUUUGACCCUAAAAAGCGAUCGCAUAGACCCGUUUCGAUUAAUGUUUCUAAAACAUGAUAGUUAGCCUGAACCUCACAUGGCCAUAUUAUGGAUUUCAAAUUUCCAGACGCGUGCCGAUGAGUUCCGUACGAUCCGUGCGUUCUUCAACUUCAACACUGGCGAAUUCGCGACCUUCUCGAUGCGAGUCCAAUUUUUCCUUCCCUGGAUGGGCCACUUCAUGCCCGGACCCACAAUUCUCGACCGUUUCAAAAAGUACCAAAAGGGAUUCACCGAAUUUUUCGGAACGCAAAUCGAGAAUCAUAAACGAGAAAUUGAUUUUGAGAAGGAGGAGAAUGAGGAUUAUGUGGAAGCGUUUCUGAAGGAGCAAAGGAAACGGGAGGCUCAGGGCGAUUAUGAGAGUUUCAGGUUAGCCUGGUCCGUAUUGAGAUCUAAGGAAAUGUAUGUUUAGUACAACUCAAUUGUCGAACAUGUGUCUGGACUUGUGGUUCGCCGCCCUCAUGACCACCUCGAAUACAAUGAACUGGGGCUUCGCGUACACUUUGAAUUAUCCGAAAGCUCAGCGAAAAGUGCACGAGGAGUUGGACCGCGUGAUCGGAAGUGACAGGAAGAUUACCACUUCCGACAAGAAUGCGUUGCCCUACAUGAAUGCGUUUAUCAAUGUGAGUUUUUAGCGCUAUUGACGUAUAAUCUAUUCUCUGCAAGACUUGAGCAUGUCAUAAUCGGUAGGGCCUAGGCCGAAUUUGGAUCCUAUUCACCUGGGCUACCUUUUGAGAACAAGUGAUGACACCUCUAAAGUUAACAUUAUCAUAUUUUGCAUAACUUUCAAUAAACUGACUAUCUUGACUUAAUGCGCUGACCUAUUUAAGUUAAAAUAAUUUAACAAAACAUUUUCAGGAGGUCCAACGUACCGCCAACCUGGUCCCUCUCAACCUCCUCCACAUGACCACUCGUGACACCAAAAUCAACGGUCACGAAAUUCCAAAAGGCACGGGAGUAGUCGCCCAAAUCAGUACUGUAAUGUACGACGAAAAAGUGUUCCCGGAGCCGUACACAUUCAAUCCGGACCGCUUCAUGGAUGCGCGCGGGAAAUUGAGGAGAGUGGAGCAACUGGUGCCGUUCUCGGUCGGAAAACGGCAGUGUUUGGGCGAAGGGCUCGCCCGCAUGGAACUAUUCCUCUUCUUCGCCAACUUCUUCAAUCGAUACAAGGUGGGUGACUUCUAGACUCGAAAACUGAGAAAUGCGGACAUUUCAGCUGGCUCCGGAUGAGAACGGUCCUCCGUGCAUCGACAAGGCCGUUCUGAAGGGCAUCCACACAAAACCGUAUCACGUGAUUCUACAAAAACGUCAUCAUUGA